AUGGCCAGCGUGGUCACUGCUCCUCCUUUGCCUUCGAGUCGUUUCUUCGGCGAAGCUUCGAGGGGCCCGUGCAGCGGGAACCAGUUUCCUUUGGAUGCGGAUGGUGACUACCACGCCACCGGCCUUUCACGCGGGGAAGACUUGUUCAAUAAGGUGGACUUGGCAGCCUUUCAGGAAGGAUUGAAGACAGCAGCAGACUGGGCAGUGCCCGUGGCGUGGCAUCUCAGCGUGACGGUGAACAGCACCAUCAAGGAGCCAGUAAAGUUUGGCUUUGCCGGCAGCGGUGGGUUCUUGAUGAUCACUGUCCCGGCCGAAGCAGCAGGUGCCGAGCUGGAAGCAACUGGCCGUGUGGCAGCUGGCGCAUCUGAUGCAAGCUUCCAGUACCGGGACGGGCCCCAGGUUCUGAACGGCGACGUGAUAUUCAAAAAUUUCUGCCUCAGACCGCGGCGAUGCGAAGAGAAGGAGUUCUGUGGCCAGGGCUGGGUGGCAAAGCCUCCCAAGACUGUUGGCAACAGCAGGCUCGAGUGCUGCGAGCCCAUCACCUGCAAGGAUGCUGCGGAGGUGGAUGGCUGCAGCGGCACAGCCUGGGAGCAGAAACCCAACUUCGAGCAGCUUAAAGGUUACACGAAAGACCAAUGCUGCCGACCUCGGCUCUGCGAUGCCAAGGUUUGUGGGCCAGGCUUCAAGGCCAAGAAUGCCACCGGCCUCCAGGGCAGCACGGCGGAAGAAUGCUGCGAGCCGGCGUUCUGCCACGAGAUCCAAUGCCCCUCUGAGACGCAAUACACUCUACUCACACAUGACGCAGAUGGAAAGCCCCGGCGCGGAAGUACGGUGAGCGAGUGCUGCAAGGAGGCAAAGUGCGCGGACCUGGACUGCAGCAAAAGCCCGAACUUGGCAUGGCGCAACAAGACAUCUCCUAGUGGGUUGGGCAGCACCUUCAUCGAGUGCUGCGAGAAGAACUUCUGCGCUGACUUCACUUGCUCUCCAUCCAGCCAGUGGAAGUCGAAGGCCAUUCCCAAGCUGCAGGGCGGAAGCAACGAAGCUUGCUGCCAGCCCCUGAUGUGCCAGCACCACACCUGCCAAGAUCCGAAGCAGAUGGUCCCAAAGCUUCCCGACGGCAGCUUCUCCCUGGCGCUGGGGAGCACGGACGCAGAGUGCUGUGAAUUGAAGUCAUGCAAAGACUACACCUGCAGUGAUGUCACCAAGUGGUCCAAGAAGCCGCUGAUGGAAGAUGGAAGUCUUAGGAAAGGCUUCGACGACGAGACCUGCUGCGAGGAGAUUUUUUGCGAGAAUUCCAUCGAUUGCGAACGGGCAGAUGGUAGCAAGUGGCGCUCGAAAUCACCAGAGGCCCUUGUCGGAUUGCAGGGCAGCACAAUCCAACAGUGCUGCGACGCAAAUUUUUGUGCCGAUUUCACUUGCAGCACGGAUGCGCAGGGAACCGGCCAUGGAACCAAGUGGUACAAGAAGGCAGACACCAAUCAACACCACUAUCAAGGCAGCACAGAUGCCGAAUGCUGCCUUCCGAAGUAUUGUGAAUCUUACGAGACAAAGCUGCCACCCACGAAAUGGAAGCGCAAGACCGUCGUCGGAUUGCUUGGCAGCACAGAUGCUGAGUGCUACGACAAACGACUGUGCGCAGAAGAGGUGGACUGCACAUCUUUUGGCGUGGGCGCCAAUGUCACAGAUGCAAGUCUGAUGGGCAGCACUCGUGAGGAAUGUUGUUUCUAA